UCGGGCUGCGGGCGGCGCAUGCGCAGAGCGGGCGGGCAAGAUGGCGCUGCUGGGGCGGGUGUACGGCGCGCUGUUCCGCCGCACCUCCACCUUCGCCCUCACCAUCGUCUUGGGCGCCGUCCUCUUCGAGCGCGCCUUCGACCAGGGCGCCGACGCCAUCUUCGAGCACCUCAACGAGGGGAAACUGUGGAAACAUAUCAAGCACAAGUAUGAGAGAAGUGAAGAUUGAAAUGCUUAGCAGCAGGCUCCAGCCUGGAGUCACAAAAGACACUGCAGAGAAUGAUUCAGCCUCCUGAAACUGGCUGUAUCAAGAUGGAAAUGGAUUCCUGACUGAACACCUCCGAGCCAGAUUAUAUCAGCCACCUACUGAUAUGAUGUAAACCAAGAUGGACUCAAGGAGUUCUGCUGCUGUACUCAAACUUACUGUAUUAAAAUAAAAAAUUCUUGGUCCAUG